AAGAAUAUUUUAACAAACAGGAAGCACAAAAGUAACAAAACAGGGCAACUGUCUGACGGAAUUCCUUGGUUAAACUGACACGACCAUGGCGCGUGACGUGACCCGCGGGGGUAUAAAUACUCGGCUCAUUCACGUUUCUUCUCCAGCCCAUAGCUAAAUCAUCGCCAUUUUCAUUCUGCACUAAAGAUUUGGGGGAGAAUGAGAACCGCCGCCGUCGCCGCAGCAUUUACAGUUUCAAAGUACAGAAUCAACUAUCAAUCGGCUGAGCUCCCCAGAGAGGAGACGCUUUCCCCAAGCUCAAGUAUCGAGCGCUCGCAUUGGCGUUCUCCAGUGCCGUUUCUCUUCAGUGGCCUCGCCGCGAUGCUAGGGUUAAUCGCCUUCGCGCUUCUCAUGCUCGCAUGUUCUUACUGGAAACUCUCGGAAGAAGCUCACGUCGGAGAGGACGGAAACAACAGAGACUUUGAAGAAGGCACCUCCGCUGGUAAAGGUGAGAGCAAAGGCGAUUCUUCUGAGGAGAAAUUUCUGGUUAUUAUGGCCGGCGAAGCGACGCCAACAUUCCUGGCCACGCGCAAGGCGGCGCCGUUCUGUGAUGAAAAAUCCUCGAGUACAAAGACUACGGCGAUGGAAACCUAAUUAAAUCUGAUCAGAAUCAAAUCGAGGUAACAGUCCCCAAACAUUCUGAGUAAUUUGAUUACAUAAAACGAAAAUCCAGUCUGAACUUAUUUAAUUAGUCCGACGAUUCCUGCUUUCCGAUUCCAUCCGAUCUAAGGAUAUUCAAUCUGUCCAUUUUUGUUUA